AAAAAAAAAAGAAAAAAAGAAAAAGAAGAACGAGAAUAAAGGACUUCUAGCAGGCUAAGAAGAAAAAAGGGCGAGAGGAUAACGAGGUUUAAGCCCAUCCGGAGGAAACUAGGAAAGCCCCGCUCCGCCACUCGUUAGCAGCGUGCAACAGAAAGCACUCUUCUUUCGCUCUUCUCUCCGACGUCACGCCAUCUCGGCCAUGGCGGCGGCAUCCCUAUCCUUGUCCUUGUCCUUGUCCUUGUCCUGGUCCCCGUCCUCCCUCCGCUCCUCAUUCUCCUCCUCCUCCUCCUGCUGUUGCUGCUCUCCUCUCUCCGUGCGGUUACCCGGCGUAAACAACAUUCGGAGCCGAGAGGGGCGGACGGUGGCGGUGCGGGUGGCGACGCGGAGCAGCAUGGAGGCGGGGGUGGGGGUGAUGGGCACGAAGCUGGGGAUGAUGACCUACUUCGAGCCGGAGGGCGGCGCGGCGGUGCCCGUCACCGUCGUCGGCUUCCGCGAGGGCAACGUCGUCACCCAGCUCAAGACCGCCGCCACCGACGGCUACGACGCCGUCCAGAUCGGCUACCGCCGCGUCCGCGACACCAAGCUCACCCGCCCCGAGCUCGGCCACCUCCGCAAGGCCGGCGCCGCCCCCAUGCGCCACCUCCAGGAGUUCCGCCUCCGCUCCCUCGACGGCCUCGAGCCCGGCCAGGCCCUCGUCCUCGACCACCUCUUCAAGGAGGGCGACCUCGUCGACGUCUCCGGCAACUCCAUCGGCAAAGGCUUCCAAGGUGGAAUAAAGAGACAUAAUUUUCGACGUGGACCGAUGACCCACGGGUCUAAGAGUCACAGGGCUUUGGGUUCUAUUGGAGCAGGAACAACUCCCGGACGUGUAUACAAGGGAAAGAAGAUGCCCGGGAGAUUGGGAGGAACCAAAACCAAAAUUCGGAAGUUGAAGAUCGUUAAGAUAGAUAGUGAACUACGAGUUGUUAUGAUUAAAGGGUCUGUGCCUGGGAAGCCUGGGAACCUUCUCCGCAUCGCGCCUGCCAAGAUUGUUGGGAAGAAUAUACCUAAAAGUUAGCUUCUGUAGCUAUUUUCGCCGUAGGAUAUGCUAAUUUUGUUUUUUGCCUCGCAGAUUUCUCAUUUUCAUCUUUUCCUUUGUCAGUAACUCUCUUUUUUUUUCAGUUAAGUCUCAAAGCUGGUUAAACUUGUAAAUUAUUUGUAUUGAUUGCAGAAAUGCAAUACCUUGUCAUCACUGUCCAUUUGUUGACAGACUGUUGUUGAUCAAAGUUUAUUUAGAGCUAAAAUCGCAUGAAAUUCAUUUUUUCCA